CUCAACGAGCUUCCUCUUUGUAGUCAAUAGGCUACACGUGAGACUAAACGAGAAUCUGCUGAAUGGAGAUCCCUGGUACAACCGCGUGCCACCGACUGAACCCCAAGGAUUUGCCGGCGAGAUCCCCAGCUUUGUCAUGAGAUAUCAAGAUGGCGAAGUAAGGGCAGCUCCCGGGUACGGAUGGUGGCGGGGAGAGUUUGAUGGAACUGCUUGGCCUCCUGGCAUUAUUUGCAUGAUUGGCGCUGAUGGAAAUGCCGUUUACACCGACGAGGGCCAGCUACAAUAUUGUCAAAGGUACAAGGAGCUUGCAGUGUAUUCGUGCAAUCCCCUACUCCCUAUCGUUGUUGACAACGGAGAUCCGCUGUCUAGCAACGCCGCGCUGGAUCGGAGCCCUCUGCUCUUCUUCCAUCCUCCUUCCCGGCCAGGAGUAUCGCAGGCAGUGCAUCCGGACAGCCGUAUGGGACAGGGCCCUGCACCUUGCAAGUACGUCGCUGGAGCAAACCCAAGCUGGAUAACUAGCCUGGUGCCGUGUACAUACCGUAACCCCUAUGAUGCGGUUCAGUCAGUUGGCCUUGCUGGAGAGCUUCCUAUUGUUCUUGGCUUGAUGGCGUUUAGCGAACAUUCUUCAGCGCCACAACCGUUUCUGGCAGAUGGUGCGACCCAUGAUAAAUGGAGAGGCGGGUUCUGGUGUCAUAACGAGGACCCAAAAGGC